GUUAAUUUGUUUCCUCGGCAAGAAUCUGACAGCUCAAAAAUGAGAGAAAUCGUACAUUUACAAGUUGGACAAUGUGGUAACCAAAUUGGUGCAAAGUUUUGGGAAGUGAUCUCUGAUGAACAUGGUAUUGAUCCUACUGGUAAUUACCAUGGUAAUUCUGAUCUUCAACUAGAGAGAAUUGAAGUAUAUUAUAGUGAAGCUAUAGGAGGUAGAUAUGUACCAAGAGCUAUUCUCAUUGAUCUGGAGCCUGGUACUAUGGAUUCUGUCAGAUCAGGACCAUUUGGGAGUAUUUUUCAACCAAACAACUUUGUCUUUGGACAAUCAGGUGCUGGUAACAACUGGGCAAAAGGACAUUAUACAGAGGGAGCUGAACUGGUAGAUUCUGCAUUAGAUGUUGUUAGGAAAGAAUGCGAGAACUGUGAUUGUCUACAAGGAUUCCAGAUGACCCAUUCUCUAGGUGGUGGAACUGGCUCUGGUAUGGGAACACUUCUCAUCAGUAAAAUCAGAGAAGAGUAUCCAGAUAGGAUCAUGAACACCUUUUCAGUUGUACCUUCACCAAAAGUAUCUGAUACUGUUGUUGAACCAUACAACGCCACCCUGUCAGUUCAUCAACUGGUUGAAAAUACAGACGAGACUUUCUGUAUAGAUAACGAAGCUUUAUAUGAUAUCUGUUUCCGUACCCUAAAGCUAAGGAGUCCAACCUAUGGUGAUCUGAAUCAUUUGGUUUCAGCUACUAUGUCUGGAGUGACCACCUGCCUCAGGUUCCCUGGUCAACUCAAUGCUGAUCUUCGUAAAUUGGCUGUCAACAUGAUACCUUUCCCACGUCUGCAUUUCUUUAUGCCUGGGUUUGCUCCCCUUACAGCUAGAGGAAGUCAGAAAUACCAAGCUCUCAGUGUACCAGAACUAACCCAACAGAUGUUUGAUGCUAAAAACAUGAUGGCUGCCUGUGAUCCUCGACAUGGACGUUAUUUAACAGUUGCUGCCAUGUUCAGAGGAAGAAUGUCAAUGAAAGAGGUGGAUGAACAGAUACUUAGCAUCCAAAACAAGAACAGUAGCUACUUUGUUGAAUGGAUUCCCCACAAUGUUAAAACUGCUGUUUGUGACAUUCCACCAAGAGGUCUGAAGAUGUCUUCAACAUUUGUUGGAAACAGUACAGCUAUUCAGGAGCUCUUUAAAAGAAUCUCUGAACAAUUCACUGCUAUGUUCAGAAGAAAGGCUUUCCUCCAUUGGUAUACAGGAGAAGGUAUGGAUGAGAUGGAGUUCACUGAAGCUGAAUCUAAUAUGAAUGAUCUGGUAUCUGAAUAUCAACAGUACCAGGAUGCUACAGCUGAAGAUCCAAGGAUCUAA